AUGGUUCUAGAAGCGGGCUAUCCAAACACAACAGGCUUUCGCAAAGUUGUUAAAGCAACAAUUCUAGUCAAGAAGAAGCCAGGCUUAAGCGAUGCAGACUUUAUAUCACAUUACAAUACCAAGCACGCCGAGAUGGCCAAAGAAGUCUUGAUGAAGCACGGGUGUAUUACAUACAGUCUCACCUACCAUCUCCAACGCGACAGAAACAUAAUGCAAGACAUGCUCAAAGGCAAAGCAAAUCUCUUAGCGUACGACGCUAUCUGCACGUUUGUGUUUCCUGAUUACAUGGCAUUUGCACGCUUCAUGUAUGAUCCAGCCAGUAAAGCCUUGACGGGUGAUCAUGACAACUUUAUGGUCGAGGAGGAGAUGAAGAUGAUGGUUGGAGACGAGUACAUGGUCAUUGAGGACGGAAAGAUGGUCGCGUGA